CUGUCGGCCCCGUGUGCCCCUCCGCCGGUAGGCCGCUGGGCCGGCCGGGGGACGUGGGGCAGCCAUUUGGUGGCGGCUCGGAAAUGACGGCGGGAGCCGGGCCCGGGCACAGGUGCGCGGCGCGGCCGGCGGGCGCUGACAGCGGCCUGGCGGAGGGGGGCGAGGCUGCGAGGAGACCCGCCGGGGCUGCUGGGCGCUCUCUGCGCUGGCACCGGCUAAUGUGCGGCCAUGAGGCUCCUGGUUACCUCGCUGACAGCCCUGUCGGGACGCCGCGGCUGCAGGCAGCUGGGUCUGUGGUAUUCUUCAGUACGGAGGAGAACUACACCGGUAUCAUGAGUGUUCCCGCUCCUGUGGAGCGAUGCUUCGGGGUAUGGUGGAGAAAGACCGUGGUGGAAAAUAGGCCAUAGUUCUGCACCCAUCAUGGCACGUCCGGAGUGUCUUAAGUGAAAAAAAUCAAAACAACUGAGCAGGAAAACUGUGCCUUGGUUGUGCUGAUGCUUGAGGUGUGCUUCGGGAUUUUAAGUGUAGAGUCAGCACGAAGCAGAGGAGAAGGCAGCGGUGUGAAUGGAGAGUGAUGAGUGUUCAGUAACAGUCAGGGUUCAAAUUGAUGUGACAUGCACCUUUAAUGAGAAAAAACAAUGGCAAAGUUUAGGCUGAUAACCAGGAAAAUUCUGAUGUAGGACUGUUUCACUUUAUGUGCAAAUGGAGUUUUAUUUGGGUUUAUUGCCAUUCCUGUCUCUACUCAUGUGAUGUUUUCGUCAUGCCAAUUAUAGCCAUAUCAUAACGUUGAAACCAAAAUUAAAACCAGCCCUUGAGAUUACUAGGGUGUAAAUUUAGUUAUGGCAGAAAAGGUCUUCUCGUUUUCAUUGAGAACCAACAAGUACUGUUUUAGGUCUUUUGAAUCAAAAUAUCAAAAUGCAGCUUUUGGUCAAUGUUAAACAUCAGUGGAGACUCUAGAAAUUAAAGCUUGUGUUGCUAGUGUCUUAUUCCAUUAAACACACAAUUAUUAAUUUGUGUAAAUAAUCUCUUUCCUAUGUGCCUGUUUUAAUGAACUUCUUGUUGUUUCUGCGAUGUAAGCAAAGCUUUACACAAGAAAAGGUUUCAUACUGACUCAUGUCCCUGUCUUGUUUGAGGCCAUGGCUUGAGAGAUCUCAAAGCUAACUCUUAGUCUCAAGUGAUGAUCUCUUUUGAUUAAGGCUUUGUUGAUUUACAAUAGAUAGAAUAUUUACAUUACUAGCAGCAUUUGUUCCGUUUGGUCUCCCUUGCAUCUUGUUUGGUAAGAUUUUGUGUAGCUCUUAAUGGGAUGAGUAGCAGUGCUCUCUUCUUACUGACUGACAAAAAAAAGGAAUCAAUAUCUGUGGGCAUAUGAAGCUAUUUUGUACAAAGUUUUCAAAGGCUUUCUGACUGCUGUGGAACCCUCUGUUUCCUUGCCUAUGUCUCUGAAUGGAAUUAAUAUUUCAUUAAGAAUUCUUUUUUAAACCUUAGAAUACACCAUUUCUCUUCUUCAAGUGUAGGAUUUAAACAUGGGGGUCAUGUUUUUUUUUUAAAAUGUGGCAACAUAAGCUAUACAGUCCUAAUUCACUGACAUUAUUAAUGAAGGAUAAGGAAUUCUCCAGUGUGUCUCCUCCUGAGGUAGGUGUGACAAAGUAGAUCUGCUUAGACAGAGAUUCCCUUUCUCUGCAUCCAGUGUGAAAUCGGCAGAUUUUGGUGGCAAAGAAAAUUUUUCAUUUCUUUGCCCUUGGGUUAGUCCUGACAAGUCAAUACUGAUACAGGAGCUGAAGUUGUGUCAGGCUGUGGUAAGGACAAACUCUCCUUUCAGUGACACCUAGGAAGCACAAAAAACCCCACAGUGGCAUUACAUAAGUAUACGGGAAACUUUUGUGAUCCGGUAGCAGGAUUUGUGCUGGCAACACUUGAGCAGGAAAGGGCAGAUCUGAAGCGUUAAGGAGACUCUGGUGUUGAUUUUGGGCGAAGUUACCUCGGGACUGAGGGAACUUGGGAGUCACUGAGCAACUGUGAACUUAAAUUUGAUUAGCCAAUGUACUGCUGUUCAAAAGGAAUUAUUCUUCAUCCACGGUUUGAGGAAGGAGAGGGGAUCUAAGCUUUAAUUUUUUUAAGAGGAUAGCGAGUGAAGCAUCCCCUAGGUUUUUUGGCAAACUGUGAUCUGGAUAGAUGUCUUUACUAUGUCACCAAGAUUUCCCUUAGUGGUAACUUUUCUGGUGUUUAAAUUGGGCUGUACAUGCUCUCAGUAGUGUUAACGCUCAGUGAGAAAAAACUGCAGUGAAAUGCUGUCCUUAGUGGUCAUUAAAAACUCUGUUUUAUAUAUAGAAUUUACAUAUGAUAUAAAAAGAUCUACACGUGACAGAUAUUACUGAACGUAGAAGUAACAAGUCGGCUCUGAAAAGAGGAUUUAUUUUCAUUCCAAGCCGUCAUAGCUGAAGGAUGCAAAGCUAUUAUGGGCAUGGCCCUCUUCUAAGCCUUUAAUGAAGCUAGUUUUUUAGAUCUGGAGAUGGCGAUGAUUGAAGAGAAAUGAAUAAAAGAUUCCACCCCUUUCAGAGAAUUAUGCUGAGAAUUCGAUUACAGGGACACUAAUUUUUUGACCCGGUCGAGAUGCUUUCAGACCUACGAGACUUAAGAAGGAAGACUUGAAAAAGCCAGUUCCUUGUAGUGCAAACAAACUAUCUGCAGAAAUGGAAAAUUAUGAUGGAGAUCACUUGAAAAAGGGAGAAGAAAACACCACGAUCUCUGCAGUCAACACUGAGCGCAACUCAAUAUCAAGAACUCCUUAAUUUGAUGAUUAAAGAAAUCAAUGUAUUUCUAAGAUUUUUGGCUUAAAUCCACAGGGAGACUGUAAAUAGACUGAAUUUGUGCAAAUGCCAUAUAAUUGCAGAAGUUCUUCAAGAUUUCCCUUUAUCUGUAGAGGACUUUCUUUUGUUCAGCACUGACAGAAUUAUUCCGUGUCUCAUUCUCAUACAAGCUCUGCUUAUGAGACUUCCUUUUGCCCAUGUCCCACGAGGGGCCUGAGCAGAGCAGUCCAAGUGUGGAGCUGCAAGACAAGACGCUUGUGUUUGGAAACAUGGCUGUUGAUGAUACUGCCGCUUCUCUUUUUUUCCCUAGGUAUUUGCCUAGGCUAUGGGGGAACUGAGUUCAAGCCUUCAACUCUUCCUUUGAAAAGGAAUGAAACUUGCAUAUCUCACAUUUUGGUAAAAGCACUGACGCUGGGCACUGUGCAGCUUUGAAGGGAAUCACUCCCUGCCUCAUGUUGAACCUGUUUCCCUUUGAAGAGAAGAAAGUUUUCUUAGGCUGAGAUCCAUGCCACCUAGGAACUGGGCUGCCAAAACAUAGUACAGUGAAAUAAUGGUCUACUAGCCUGCUAAACAAGUGUCCAGCUUCCACAAUGCCUGUGCAGGCAGCUCAGUGGACAGAAUUUCUGUCCUGCCCAAUCUGCUACAACGAGUUUGAUGAGAAUGUGCACAAACCCAUCAGCUUAGGUUGCUCUCACACCGUCUGUAAGACCUGCCUGAACAAGCUUCAUCGCAAGGCAUGUCCUUUCGACCAGACUGCCAUCAAUACAGACAUCGAUGUGCUUCCUGUAAACUUUGCACUCCUCCAGUUAGUUGGAGCCCAGGUACCUGAUCAUCAGACAGUGAAGUUGAGUAAUGUGGGAGAGAACAAACAUUAUGAAGUAGCAAAGAAAUGUGUUGAGGAUUUGGCACUCUACUUAAAGCCAUUAAGUGGAGGAAAAGGUGUUGCAAGCUUGAAUCAGAGUGCACUGAGCCGACCGAUGCAAAGAAAGCUUGUGACACUGGUGAAUUGUCAGCUGGUGGAGGAGGAGGGUCGGGUUAGAGCCAUGAGAGCAGCUCGAUCACUGGGAGAGAGAACCGUCACAGAAUUGAUCUUGCAGCACCAAAAUCCUCAGCAGCUUUCUGCCAAUCUCUGGGCUGCUGUCAGGGCACGAGGAUGCCAGUUUCUAGGACCAGCUAUGCAAGAGGAGGCACUGAAACUUGUAUUACUGGCACUGGAAGAUGGCUCUGCACUCUCAAGAAAAGUUCUGGUACUUUUUGUUGUGCAAAGGCUAGAACCAAGAUUUCCUCAGGCCUCUAAAACAAGCAUUGGUCACGUUGUGCAGCUACUGUAUAGAGCAUCAUGCUUUAAGGUCACUAAAAGGGAUGAAGAUUCUUCUCUGAUGCAACUGAAAGAAGAAUUUCGGAGUUACGAGGCUUUGCGGAGAGAACACGAUGCCCAAAUUGUUCACAUUGCCAUGGAAGCAGGACUUCGAAUAUCACCAGAGCAAUGGUCUUCCCUUCUUUAUGGUGACUUGGCACAUAAAUCCCACAUGCAAUCCAUUAUUGACAAGCUCCAGUCUCCAGAGUCUUUUGCAAAGAGUGUACAAGAACUGACAAUUGUCUUGCAGCGCACAGGGGAUCCUGCAAACUUAAACAGGCUGAGGCCUCAUUUAGAGCUCCUGGCAAACAUAGAUCCAAAUCCAGAUGCAGCAUCUCCGACAUGGGAGCAGCUGGAAAAUGCAAUGGUUGCUGUGAAGACCGUGGUGCAUGGGCUGGUGGAUUUCAUUCAGAAUUACAGUAGAAAAGGCCAUGAGGCUCCCCAGCCACAACCAAAUAGCAAAUACAAAACAAGCAUGUGCAGAGACCUUCGGCAGCAAGGGGGGUGUCCAAGAGGAACAAACUGUACAUUUGCUCAUUCUCAGGAGGAGCUUGAAAAAUACCGCUUGAGGAACAAAAAAAUCAGCGCAACAGUGAGAACAUUCCCACUUCUAAAUAAAGUUGGCGUAAAUAGCACCGUCUCAACCACAACAGGAAAUGUCAUUUCUGUCAUAGCAAGUCCUGAAGCAACAGGAAAGAUGGUGCCAAGUACUAACGGAAUAGCGAAUCUAGAGAGCGGUGUUCCCCAGCUGAUCCCUCGCUGUGCAGACACCUCCUUGAGAGCUUUGGAGAACACCAAGAAGGGAGGGAAGGCUGGAGCCAAUGGCCAGAAUGUUUCUGGUUCCCCUACAGAAUCACUACCUGAAAAUAAAAUUGGUUCUCCACCCAAGACUCCUGUAAGCCAGGCAGCAGCUACCUCAGCUGGUCCUCCUAACAUUGGAACAGAAGUGAAUUCUGUGCCUCCAAAAUCCAGCCCGUUUGUUCCCAGAGUACCUGUCUACCCUCCACAUUCUGAUAAUGUUCAGUAUUUCCAAGACCCCAGGACUCAGCUGCCAUAUGAAGUUCCCCAGUACCCACAGACAGGAUAUUAUCCACCACCUCCAACAGUACCAGCUGGUGUGGCUCCCUGUGUUCCUCGCUUUGUGAGGUCCAAUAACGUUCCAGAAUCCUCCCUCCCACCUGCUUCCGUGCCAUAUGCCGAUCAUUACAGUACAUUUCCCCCUCGAGAUCGACUGAAUUCUCCUUACCAACCUCCUCCUCCGCAGCCGUAUGGACCAGUUCCUCCUGUCCCUUCUGGAAUGUAUGCUCCAGUUUAUGACAGCAGGCGCAUCUGGCGCCCACAGAUGUACCCACGAGAUGAUAUUAUUAGGAGCAAUUCUUUACCUCCCAUGGAUGUGAUGCAUUCGUCUGUCUAUCAAACAUCGUUACGUGAGAGAUACAACUCUUUGGAUGGGUAUUACUCUGUGGCAUGUCAACCUCCAAACGAGCAGAGGACUGUGCCUUUACCAAGGGAGCCUUGUGGACACUUGAAGACUGGUUAUGAUGAGCAGUUGCGACGGAAGCCGGAGCAAUGGGCGCAGUACCACACGCAGAAAACUCCUCUGGUACCAUCAACCCUUCCUAUGGCAACACCAUCUCCAACACCACCUUCUCCUCUCUUCAGUGUAGAUUUCAGCACAGAGUUCUCAGAGAGUGUCAGUGAUUUGAGUGGAACUAAAUUUGAGGAAGACCAUCUCUCUCACUAUUCACCAUGGUCUUGUGGCACUAUUGGCUCUUGUAUAAAUGCUAUCGACUCGGAGCCCAAGGAUGUGAUUGCCAAUUCAAAUGCCGUGUUAAUGGAUCUGGACAGUGGGGAUGUUAAAAGGAGAGUGCACCUAUUUGAAACUCAGAGAAGGGCAAAGGAGGAAGAUCCUAUAAUCCCAUUUAGUGAUGGACCCAUCAUCUCCAAGUGGGGUGCGAUCUCCAGGUCAUCCCGCACGGGUUAUCACACGACAGAUCCUAUUCAGGCCACUGCUUCCCAAGGAAGUGCUACUAAGCCCAUCAGUGUAUCAGAUUAUGUCCCUUAUGUCAACGCUGUUGACUCGAGAUGGACUGCCUAUGGCUCGGAUUCCGCUUCAUCAGCUCGCUAUGCCGAACGGGACAGAUUCAUAGUUACAGAUUUGUCUGGUCACAGAAAGCAUUCCAGCACUGGAGACCUAUUGAGUAUUGAAUUACAGCAGGCCAAAAGUAACUCGCUGUUACUUCAGAGAGAGGCGAAUGCACUAGCCAUGCAACAGAAAUGGAACUCCCUAGAUGAAGGCAGUCGUCUUACCUUAAAUCUUUUAAGCAAGGAAAUUGAUUUGAGGAAUGGUGAGACUGAUUAUACUGAAGACUGUGCAGACACAAAGCCAGAUCGAGACAUUGAACUGGAGCUGUCAGCCCUUGAUACAGACGAACCUGAUGGGCAAGGUGAACAAAUAGAAGAGAUUCUGGACAUACAGCUAGGUAUUAGUUCUCAAGAGGAUCAGCUGCUCAAUGGAACAACAGUAGAGAAUGGGCACCCACUAAAGCAGCAUCAGAAAGAAUCUAUGGAACAGAAGAGACAAAGUUUAGGUGAAGACCUUGUGAUUCUGGAGGAGCAGAAAACAAUCCUGCCCGUAACUUCUUGCUUCAGUCAGCCGAUCACAACAUCUGUUAGCAAUGCAAGCUGCCUGCCCAUCAGCACAUCAGUCAGUGUUGGCAGCCUCAUUUUGAAAACUGCUCACAUUAUGUCUGAGGAUAAAAAUGACUUUUUAAAGCCUGUUGCAAAUGGCAGGAUGGUUAACAGCUGAAAGGCAUUCAUCUUUCCAGCUUGUGACCACACCAUGGAAGCAUUUACACUAGCUUUUUAUAUAUAUAAUAUAUAUUAUAUAAUGUAUAUUUUUUUUAAAAAAAAUACUAUUGGGGUCAUGCAUUUCCUGUGGACUCUUUGAUACUUCAAGCCCCUCUCGCAUUAGCAUUCUGAAGAAAAAGAAAAACUUACUUUCCUAGGGUAAGGCGUUCACUUUCCACAGAUGAAUGGAAUCUGGACAUUGUUUUACUUAAGCUUAAAGCAGCUUUUUAUGAGUUUGUAGCAAUCCGGUGCGGUAUCUGAGCCAUUCUUGUUUAAAAUGGCUUCUGUAGAAAACUAACAACUCAGUUAUUUAAACUAGCAGGAUCCUACGAUGAUACAUCUAGUGAAAGGAAGACUAACUUAUUUGUCUCUAUUUUGUUUCAUGAGAGAAGAACUCGUGUCUUGUUGCAGCUGCUUUUUCUUUAGUUGUGGAACUUUGCAUGGAGUAUUGUUUUCCGUUUGAAGACUGAGAGGUGGAGAUUUGGACUUGAGACUUUUACAGGGUUAACACACCAUUAGCUUUGCACUGCUACGUUAUUGGCAGGUCUAUGGUGCAGUGCUUUGCUGCAGCUUUUGUUUUCUAUUCACUCCCUCCCUUCCCUGCCCCAGUUUCUGCUUUAGUACUGUAGAUGCACAUACACAGGCUACUUGUCCAGGUGAAGUUAUCAGAAGUAAACCAAGUGCCUAAGUCCUCCAGCUAAUGUACUAAGUAUUGAUUUCCCCAAAUUAUAGGUGAAACAGUUUUCAACCAUUCUGAGAGGUUAUGCACUAAUGCCACAGCGACUUUUGGGGUUUUUUUUUUCUUUAUUAAUAGUUCUCAGCUUAGAGAUUACAGAAUCCAGGUGACUUGGCACAAAAGUAUUGGGUGCUCUUGGCUUUCCUUUGAAAACCCUGUAUGUAGUGUUUGCACUGACUAACAAGGUGGUAUUGCUGUUUUUUGUACUGUUUUGUUUUUAAUUUAAACUAAGUAUUGGGAAUUUAAGGCAGUUGUGUUACCUUUGUUAAAUGUUGUUAAUCAUAACUUUGUAUUCAGGUUUAAUUUUUUGCUUGUUCAGUGGCAACUUAUUUUCAAAGACUUGAAAAUACAAUAACACAGAGUUAUCUGACCUUCAGAGUACUGAAAGUGUAGGAAUUCAGGCCCUGUCAUAAGAUGUGACCGAGAGUCACGUUAGACAUGUCAACUGAAAAUUGGCUUUCUUGAAUACACACCAACUAGAGCCCUGGACAUGCUUUUGUUGAGAAGCUUAAAUCCACUUUUAAUUCUUUUGAAGAGAAGGCAGGACUCUCCCUCCUGAGGAUUAACUAUCUUCUUGUUUGUCCUCUUUACUUUUUUUUUGUUGUGACAAGUUUUACUUUUUUUAUGUUUUUAUUAACUUCUGUGAAGUUGUUUACUCUGAAAAUUGUACUGGAAUAUUUUAAGCCAAGCUGAUCUUUCACCAGGUGUACUGCAUGUAAGGGCUUUUCCUGCUAGCAAAAUGCUUAAAGAGGAUCAUGUUACUGGUCGUCUGAGUUGUUAUUUUACAAAAUCACAGCUAUGUGGUCGGUAAGAUUUUGAUAACUGUUUUGUGCACGCUUCUGGGGGGUGGGGGUUGGCAUUUCCCUGAGGGUUACUGAUUAGACUAAGUAAAUAUCGGUGUUUGAUAUCUCUCCUAACGAACCUGUCCGUGAAAUAAUUAUGUUGUAAAUAUACCUGCAAAUCCAAGGGUUAGUUUUGAUAUUCUGGUGUCAGUAUGGAAGAUCUUACACAUCUAUUUAAUAUUCAAAUGUAAAGGAAUGUAUGUAGGAAAACAGUCAAGUAGUCUUUUCUUAGUUUCCUUUGGCUGUUGCUGUACCUUCCCAUAGCCAGCGCCACCUCAUAGCUAGGCUUAGACCCACGCUUUGUUUCACUCACAACUUGAAGCGAAUGGAUUCGAGAACCAGACCACCUUUGUCACCUUAACUUAUUUCCUAUUGAUGUUAACUUUAACUUAGAAUGUUAGACAUAAAUAUGAUUGUUGUAUAUUUUAUACCAAGACCAUUUCUGUAAAUAUGGAUUUAUAUUACUUUUGAAAUGCUUCUGAGAUACUAUUAUUUGCUGUACGAUGUAACUCCAAAACAGAUAUGCAAACAAGUGUGUCUCUCUCAUGGGUAUUUAAACAGUGAGAUCUUCCAUGUUGAAGGUGAUGUAAUUUUUUUAAAAGAUUUUUAAAUUUUAAAUUGCUAUUUUGUUACAAAAAAAAAUAGAGAAAAUAUAAUGGUUUGAGAAGUCCUUAUUUGCCCUCAGGGAAAGAGCCCUCUGUGCACCAGAACUCCACAGAACAUCUUCAGCAUGAUCUGAGGGUGAAUAUAUACUACAUAAAUUGAUUGUGUAUUUACCUUAACUUUUUAAUUUUAAAAUUGCAAUGUUACAAACUUGGUUGUGCUCUGCUGGAGAGGGGUUGGGAUAAGCUGCUUACACACAUCUGCCUGUUUGUCCAGUGAAAUUACAUAAGCCUGACCUGUUCCUGCCAACCGUAUGGGCGUGUUGAAGAGCAAACGUACGUAGGUACUCGCCUGCAGCAGGAGGUCCCACGGCACAGCAGUGCUCUAGGGUGACCAUACACUUCCUGUGGAAAGCUGGUUCUUAACUGAGGCUAGAUUUUGUUUUAGUUGUUUUGGGUUUUUUUUACUAUCUAGAACGACAGGCAAAAGGAUGAUUUGGGAGUGUUAACAGCGUGCCAGCUUUGUCUUACGGUUUUAACACUGACUGUGUGGGUUUUGCCAUGAAACUGUGCCCUCCAGUGCCCUGAGAAGGAGAAGCUGCAGGUGGGAACCUAGCUCUGUCUUUCUUCUUUGAUGAAGUUGCAGCCCUUGACCCUAUACAAACAAGUAUGUAUUCAUUCAUCUAGUUGUCAGUCAGGUGCCUUUGGGCUAUGGAAGGGCUUAUUUCCUGACACUGAGAUAUAGUGACUUACCUUUGUGUGUUAAUAGCAGUGAUUCCCAUUUGGGUUUUGGCCUAACUUAACCUGUGCUGUCAGAAAAAAAAGGCCCAUAGCAGAUUGGGGAAAGAGAUUGGCUCUUUUGCUUUGCUUGGACAAGCGUUUUGGGUUGGUUUGGUUUGGGUUUUUUUUGGUUUUAGGGUUUUUUUCCCCAUUAGGGGUACAGCAGGGAUUUCACAUGCAAGAGAUACAGGAAUUAUUAGUAUCUAAGUUAACUGUGUUGCCUCACUAUCUGGAUUCAUUCCUUGGUUUGCCUCAUUUCCCACAUAGGUCUUAAUAGAGACUAAUGCUUGUGUUGGGAGAGUGCUUGUGUGCGAGAGUAAUUAUCUGUACAUUCUGAACAUAGAGCAGGGUGAUUGCCCUGCUACUGAUAUUUUGUUCCUGUAAACAGGUGACAAGAAAUGAAUCUUAGUGUUUAUGCAGAUUUUGCAUUGUAGAAUGUAUACUAGACCCUUCAAAGGAAAGGUUAGACUCUUUGCAAAGCAAACUGGCGUUGGUUCUUGGUAGUCUAGUACAGGGACACUAAAGUUUGACAUUUGAUUUAGGGAGGGGGGGAAGAGUUGUACACAGAUGAUUAUAUUAAAUAAUCUGUUAAUUGCUCUUUGUAGAAGUCUAAUUUGGAAGGUUUUAGUGCUCUGAUAACACAAUUGGAAUUCAUCCUGUACUCAAGAGCUGAAUGCUGUUCUUGUCUCAUCGUGUACCAGGCUGGGUGAGGCACCAGAUACUGCACAGUGGUCAGAAACAGCUGAGGAAAGAGUGCUUAAAAUAACUUGAUCUGAACUCAGAAUAGUUCCAAACGUUGGUUUUGUUUGCUUUUUUUAAAGCACAAGCUGUCAAGUUGUACCUGUUGCUGUACAUAAACACUGUAUGCCAGCAGCUCCUUGAUCAUAUUCGUGAACAGACUUCUCAUGAUUAUUAGACUGUUCUUGAAGAAAGAUGUUGAAUUUGAGUGUAACAAAAUGAUAGAUGAUCGGAUUACCUAUAGUAUGUAAAAGUCCAUUCUUUAUGUUGUGGUUUAAUCCUUUUGUUAAGAAACUCCCUCUCACUGAGGGACCUCUUCUGCAAGCAGAACACAAGAAAUGUGCUUUUUCGAAUGACCCAAUUUUCCAGGGUAAGUGAACAGCUGACUUUGGCAGUAGUCAUCACAGUGCAUCUAUUUGCUGGCGGGGAAGCACGACAAGGAAAAACAAAACCAAACCCCAAAGUGUCAGUGGUGAGAUGAAACAAAUCCGAAUAACCAAAGUGACCCAUACCCCAGCGUGAUGCUACACCCCCUCACUUGUGAAGGGUGCUCGUGGAAGUUUUAAUCACUCGAAGUUUUGCUGUAAAAGCUGAAAUAAAACAGAGCCUGGCUGCAUUUAUUACUGCCAAAAGCCAAGGUCGUUUGCACAUAGCCCAUCGAUUUCUCCAGAGUAGAUCUCAGUUAAUCCAAGGCAUGAAAAUGCAUGCAUUUUCUUAGCUGGGCAAACAAGUACAUUAUACGGUAGUUGUGAUACAACACACGUGGCUUUUAUUUGUACUGCACAUACCCACUGUACAGCCACUCAGAAGUAUUGUGGUUAGCUUGCAGCAUCUGCUGUCUGCAUUUAUACUGUUUACUGCGUAUUCUUUUCCCUGGAAGUUUUAAAGGAAAUAUUUUGUUUUCUUGUUGCAUUGGUUACAUUUUUAUCAAUUUGCUUAGCUGGAAAGUUUGGGAAAAGAGGCCUGUUUGUCAAUUGUACAACCGAUUGUGAAGCUCUAGUGUGAAUAUUUUUACGUCUGUAUUAGACAUUUUCUUUGCAAAUCUAUUGUUCGAUUGAAAUGUAAAUGAAAUAACAGAUGGUGUACACCCAUCAUGUAUAAAGCAGGCACCAUCGCUACGAUGGAUUUAAUGCUCAUUUUUAUGGCGCAUUCUCAGCUUCUAUUUAAAACUAUAAUUUAAAAAAGAAAAAAAAUGAAAUGGGGAUAUAUGGGGGAGUAAAUUCUAUUCCGUUUAUUUCGGUUGGAGUUCCCAACGCUCCCGUUUCCCUUUGUGUUAGCGGUCGGGGUCCGGGCGGCGGGCGCUGCCCUCUGUGUUUGCUGUCACACUGAAGUGAAGAGGUUUGAGCUUUGGCUGGUCACGGAGUAGAGCAUUCUGGUUUUCAGUGUUUGAGAGACUUGAUGGAAGAAGUUUGCCGUAUUGACAUGUAUUUGCAUGCACGAAUAAAAAUUAUUUGUCCACCUUA